GGGGCGGCGGGGGGGGAGGCAAACAGCGAGGCUGGGGUAUAAAUAAAGCGUCACGCGCUGCAAACCGGCACGAGCGUACACACAGCAGCCAUUGGGGAGCUCCUGCGAGAACUUCUGUUAGGUCUUGUUGCUUUUUGUUUUUGUUGUUGUUGAAGGAAUAUCAGCUGGUGAUGUCGCUCUUGGCGUUUUCCGCCACGUGCUUCGCUCUGCUCACGUGUGCAACCGCCAGCGCUGUGCUGCACAACACCAACGCCAUCAAGUUUGGUCCAGCUGCGGCCAGCGCGAGUCCAGAUGUGCUCCCGUUGGAGAACGGGGAGCAGAAUUUAGCCAUCGAUUCAGCGCAGCCGCACGUGUGCACGGCGGACUCAGAGUGCGGGCGUGAGGAGUUCUGCUUCCUUUCACGUGCCGCGUGCCUUCAGUGCAAGAAACGCCGAAAGCGUUGCAUCCGGGACGCCAUGUGCUGUCCGGGCAACCACUGCAGCAACGGAGUAUGCCAAGCAAAUGACCCAGACCUGGUUCUCCAAGCAGGAGUAGAAGAUCUUGUGCUCAUCAGCAGUCAGCGUGAGGAAAACGCUACCAUGGUCCAGCAAACCAAAACUGUCAAAGUGGUCACCCAAAGUACACCUCAAAACAAAGGUCUGGAAGGAGAGAGCUGCCUGAGAUCUUCGGACUGCAGCGAGGGUCUGUGCUGUGCCCGUCACUUUUGGUCCAAGAUCUGCAAGCCGGUGCUGAAAGAAGGACAGGUGUGCACGAAGCAUAAGCGGAAAGGCACUCACGCUCUGGAGAUCUUCCAGCGGUGUGACUGCGGGGAGGAUCUGAGCUGCAGGAUGCAGAAAGGAGAUCUCAGCAAGGCUUCAAGAAGCCUUCAUACAUGUCAGAGACACUAAGUUGCUCUACACAAGGAUUAUUCACUGAAUGUUUCUGGGAAGAACCUGGUGGAAAUGGAUAUGGAAUGGGAUAUACAGUAUAUAUAUAUAUAUAUAUAUAAAUAUAUAUAUUUCUUAUUUCUUUCCAUCUCCAGAUGUGUGUCAACAUCACAGAGUAGAUAUAAAUGUUUCUCUAUGGAACUUGGCAUUUGACGGUUGCAGUACAUUACUGUAUUUUAAAUACUAUUAUUAAGUUGGCACUUAACUCUGAGUUUUGUCAACACACAGAGGAUGCAUCGCUCCCUGUUUUUGUAUAUACAGAUUUUCAAUCAUACAGAGUCUGAUAAAUGUCUAUUUUUAUUGUAAAUAAAGAGUGUAAUGAUAA